AUGAGAAGUCCCAAAAACCACAAAGAGGUGCAGAGGUUGGCAGGAAGACUUGCUUCACUAUCUCGGUUUAUUCCAAAGCUGGCAGAAAAAGCCAAGCCUAUCUUCCAUCUACUCAAAAAGCCAAAAGAAUUAUGUUGGAGUGACCAAUGUGAACAAGUUUUCACCAACUUCAAGCAAUUCUUGUCAGCUCCCCCCAUCUUAUCCAAACCGACCUACCAAGCUGAUCUUCUACUAUACCUUGCAGUGGCCGACAAUGCUAUUAGCGCAGCACUGUUGGACUACCCUAUCAAGCAGAUACUCAGAAAACCUGAUCUUGCGGGGCGGAUGAUAACUUGGUCAGUCGAGCUCUCCGAGUAUGGCAUAAAGUACGAAAGCCGAGGACCACUGAAAGCCCAAUGUUUGGCCGACUUUGUUGCCGAACUCACCCCCGUCCCACCUAUGGAUGAACAAAUCUGGACGUUGCAUGUGGAUGGAUCUUCCAAUGUGAAAGGCAGCGGUGCUGACAUUAUUCUUGAAGGACCAAACGACAUGAUGCUUGAACUUGCUAUAAAAUUUGAUUUCAAAGCUACUAAUAAUCAGGCUGAAUAUGAGGCUCUGUUGGCAGGUUUAACACUGGCCAAAGAUGUUGGUAUAAAGAGGCUAAAAUGUUGCAGUGAUUCCAAGCUGAUCACCGAACAAGUAGGAGGAGGAUAUCAGACUAAAGAACCCCAACUUCAAAGGUACAAUCUUAUGGUAUCUCAGCUGACAUCUUUCUUUGAUGAUUUCCAGAUUGAGCACAUCCCAAGAGCUCAGAAUGAAAGGGUCGACCUGUUAUCCAAACUUGCUAGCACUAAGCGCCCUGGCCAACAUAAGACCAUCAUUCAAGAAACAAUAGCUGCCCCUAGUUGCCAAGUUACAACAAUUUUUGCGAACAACUCAUAUCAGCAAGGUUGGAUGGCCGAUAUUUGGAAAUAUCUUAAAGAUGGGAUUUUACCAGAUAGCAAGGUAGAAGCUUCCAAAAUUAAAAACAAGUCAUGCCACUUUACCAUUGAAGCGGGUGAAUUGUUCAAGCGAGGUUUCUCCAUGCCUCUUCUCAAAUGCUUAGACACAGAUCAAGCCCACUAUGUAAUGGAUGAGAUCCACCGCGGAAUCUGUGGCAUGCAUUCCGGAGCUCGGUCCAUGGCUGUCAGGGUUAUCCGAGCUGGAUACUACUGGCCAACUAUGAGAUCAGACUGA